AUGGCACCCAGUCGGAACGAUAUAUUCACAACAUCGUGGUUGUCAUCUGACUCUCCAGCGCCAGCACCAGCUCCACCCACCACGGAUCUUGCUCGCCGAAGGACCACAGGACCAGCAUGGCGGCGACCACGUACGGUCCCACCCCCUGUCGAUACCAUAUUCCCUUCCAGUUCAGCUCCCACUGCUAAUCUCUCCCACACCCUUCAUCGUGGUGGAUCACUGCGCGGGCCCCCGUCACUACGACUUCAAACCGAGCUGAAAAACGAUCCAACGGGGCCAUCACCUCAGUCCCAGUCGUCCCAGUCGUCGCGGACAUCUUCGUUCUUCGACGUUUCACCCAGCACCGGUCCUGCCGCCCCAUCACCAUUGUAUUCGAGCCGGAGCGUAUCUACCUCCUACACAAGCUCUUCAACCAACCCUUCGCUUGCUGCGUCUUUGCCUUCGCCCUACAUACGAAACCCUCCCCCACUUGCACUCGGCCAAGGUCGCUUCUCCAAGGUCUAUCUCGCCGCAUAUCGCACACCCGAAAAUCCAAAGAAAUCUAAUAUAUGCGUGGUCAAGCGACCCGAACCAGACGAGGAUUCACAAGCUCUCGGGCUCCGUGAGGCAUGGUUUCUCCGCCAGCUCAGAGACGGGUCCCGCCGUGAGGAAGAAUUCAUCACGAGGCUACUAGGUGUGGAAAUAUCGACCCGAAAGAACCCUUAUGCCCAUUCACGCUCCGUAUCUGACUCUGCUGCAGAGGUUGGACGGGGUACCACACCCUCGCCUCCACGAACACUCCUAUUAAUGGAAUACUACCCACUUACACUCUCGGCGCUCCUACACGCACCUUACAAGUACCUCCUAACACCACGCACGUUUGUCUGCCUCGCGACAGAGCUCGCCCAUGCACUCGCCCAUUGCCACAGGAAACACAUCCUCCACACGGAUCUCAAACCCGCAAACGUCCUUCUUGCCCUUGUCCCCGGCUCCGACUCCGACUCGCCCGUCGUACCCAUACUCGUACCCCGGCUAUCGAUCCGCCUAGGAGACUUUGGCUCAGCUCUCCAUCUUCCCUCACUCCCCUCGCCUCCGACCGACCCAGCAGGGCUUGGCACAUUGACUUAUUCCCCUCCGGAAUUCUUCCGCCCCCCACCGAGUCCGUUUUCGCUCCCAUCAGACGUGUUCAGCGCAGGAGUAACGCUAAGCGCAGCGCUCUUUGGGCGCGAGCCAUAUGCGCGUCUGGGUACAAGUCCACGCGCAUGCAGGCAGUGGGUAGCGAGGGGCGCAUACUGGGCGUACGAAGAGAGCGAACGGAUCGAGGUACGGUCCAAUAGCGAUGAUCGACCCGAUGCGGGGUUGGACGGAAAUCUGGGGAAAGACGUGUUUGAAAAGAUUUUGGCGAGGGAGUGUUCAAGUGCUGAGAUGGAAUCGCUGGUGCUAUCCCAUGUUCAUCCCCCACCCUUGCCAGUCAAGCAUAUGGACGCCGGGCUGUAUGCUGACGGCUCGGCUCCGACAUAUUUCCCAGGCGCCGAGGGACCGGCUAGUACGCAAGUACGAGUCCCCCAAGACCUGUUGUUCCUGCUCAAGCACAUGUGUGAGCCUGUGCCAGACCGACGACCUACCAUGGAUGAAGUGGUGGAUAGGCUCGGAGCAAUCUCGCUUUCUCCUGAUCUGCAAUAG